AUGACUCUGGCACCGAAGGAAUUGACCACACUGCUGGGACUGCUGUCGGAGGAGGCGUGCGCCAGUAACUCGUUUGAGAGUUUAGCCAGCGCUUUCCACCACUGUUUCGGGAAGGCUGAACACUUCAGGGCGGGUUCGGUGCUGGUUCUGUUGCUGCAGCAGGCUGACCUGCUGCCGGGUUCCGCUCCACGCCUCGCCGCGCUCUACCUGCUGUGGGAAAUGUACCGCACCGAGCCGCUGGCUGCCAACCCCUUCGCUGCUGUGUUCGCCCACCUGCUCAACCCGGGCAAAGAGGAGAACGAGAGACACAUCUCAGGUUUCCUUCCUCCUGUCACAAUGCCCGAGAAGUUUUUCCUGUCUCAGCUCAUGCUUGCCCCUCCUCGAGAGCUUUUUAAGAAAACGCCACGGCAGAUUUCAUGCAUGGAUGUAGGUUCAACUCCACAGGCCGUUGACAUCAGUGGACUUCAGCUUGCUCUCGCUGAGCGUCAGUCAGAGCUGCCCACCCAAAGCAAAGCCAGUUUUCCCAGCUUGCUUAGUGACCCUGAUCCUGACUCGUCCCACUCGGGCUUUGACAGCUCCCUGGCCAAUCAGAUUACAGAAUCGCUGGUGACUGGGCCACGCCCACCUCUGGAAAGCCACUUCCGUCCCGAGCUAAUUCGGCCAGCUCCUCCGCUGUUCCAGGCGAGCGAGGCCGAACUGGCAUGGCUGAGUCCAGCCGAGCCAGAGCAUCGCGUGCAGUGGGAUCGUUCCAUGUGUGUACGUGCUGCCACUGGCCUCGAGACGAAACGGAUCAUGGCCAAAGCCUUCAAGAGCCCACUGUCAGCGCCUCAGCAAAAUCAGCUGCUAGCUGAGUUAGAAAAAGACCCGAAGCUAGUCUACCACAUCGGCCUAACCCCGGCAAAACUACCUGAUCUGGUGGAGAACAACCCUCUGGUGGCCAUUGAGAUGCUGCUUAAGCUCAUGUCCUCCAGUCAGAUCACUGAAUAUUUCUCUGUCCUGGUCAACAUGGACAUGUCUCUACACUCAAUGGAAGUGGUCAACAGGUUAACAACAGCAGUGGAUCUUCCACCUGAGUUCAUCCACCUGUACAUCUCUAACUGCAUCUCCACCUGCGAGCAAAUCAAAGACAAGUACAUGCAGAAUCGACUGGUGCGCCUUGUGUGUGUUUUUCUUCAGUCACUGAUUCGAAACAAGAUCAUCAACGUGCAGGACCUGUUCAUCGAAGUGCAGGCGUUCUGUAUCGAGUUCAGCCGAAUUCGUGAGGCCGCCGGCCUCUUCCGCCUCCUUAAGACGCUCGAUAAUGGUGAGGCGCCAGCAGAGGGUAAAGCUGUAAAAUAGUCCUUUUGGAGCAGACGAGAUCUGAACUGAUCAAGCCUUGAAUUCAGGCAAACUCACCUGGCAUUUACUUUUUUCUCAUGUAUGUCUGGGCCUUUUUUCUGUAUCAUCGAUGAGUUGGAGGAGAGAUGUUUUUUAAUGUCUUUUUUUUUUUUCAAAAUUCUUAGUAAACUAUUGUUUUCCCAAAAAUAUAAGAUGAGGACUGGUUCAAACGGCACUUGUGGAUUAAAACUUUUGCCAUUUAAAGAUGUACAUCAGGGUCAACAUUUCAUUCAAACAUGUCAGUAAACCUGAGUUUUGCAUAAAGAUGGUUCAUGUGACUCAUAAACACUGAGUUAUUAGUGCACAUGAUAAUCAGCUGUGGUGCUCUUUCAAAACAUAAUUCACUCAUUUGAACCUGAACCUUAAUUGCCUUCUUUUUAAUCUUGUACCACCAAUGUAGGAUAAAGCUAAAGCUAAAUGCAAGCUUAAACUUCAUCCAACCAUUUCUUCUUGGCACAUGGAACAUCAAAGCUGUAACUGAAAACUUGCCAGGUUUUGUCUCACUUCACAGUGCGUUUUGAACUAUAAGAGGAUUUUCCCUCUCUGUUCUUGUGUAUUCUUUGUACAAACCGCUCCAGCACUGAAAUCGCUGUGAACUUCUUAAUUUGACAAAUGUUUAAUUAAAAAAAGACUAUAUUAAAAAAGUAAGUUUUUGUUCUA